GCAGAGAGAUUAAUAAAUGAGAAUUACAGGCUUUGGCGGGAUGUUGCUUUUCUUUAAUCCCCAUUUUCGAAACUAAACUUCACAUUGAUGGCUGAUUGCUGAUUGCUGAUAUUAACAUCUCUUCUUCUUCUUCUUCUUCAUCAACAACUACUCAGUUCCAUCAUCAUUUUCAUUCCUAACUACUAAGAAAACGAAUCACUCACUAGAUUCAUAUCAUCAUCACCGUCACACUCAAAAGUCAAUCAAUCUUACUUCCAAAUUAAGUAGAUCCGUAAUUAGUUGAUUUCGGUAAAUGUUGAAGAAGGGUGAAGCAGGAAAGCUGAUGUUUAACUGCUGCUGAUUUGUUUAGUCACAAUGUCGAGGAUUGCCAAGUGGAAGCUUGAGAAGACUAAAGUGAAAGUGGUUUUCCGGCUGCAAUUCCAUGCUACAAAUAUACCACAAACUGGAUGGGAUAAAUUGUUCGUUUCUUUCAUUCCUGCCGAUUCUUUGAAGGCAACAGCAAAGACAAGCAAAGCAAGUGUAAGAAAUGGGACUUGCAAGUGGGCAGAUCCUAUUUAUGAGACUACGAGGCUUAUUCAGGAUACCAAAAGCAAACAGUAUGAAGACAAGUACUAUAAGCUUGUUGUUGCGAUGGGUUCAUCUCGGUCGGGCUUUCUUGGUGAGGGUAUUAUCAACCUUGCGGAUUACGCAGAUGCAUCACAGCCUUCUGCUAUUGCUCUGCCUCUUCAAGGAUGCAACUUCGCUACAAUUUUACAUGUUGCUGUCCAGCCACUCACUUCUAAAACCGGGUUCAGAGAAUUUGAGCAGCAGAGGGAACUCAGAGAGACAGGGCUGCAGACAACUGUCCAAGGUGAUUAUAAUGGAUCUACUGCAAAUUUAGCAUCUACUGGUGAAAUGGCCCGUGAUCAGGUUAACGGGAGAGUUAGAUUCAAAUCAGAAUCUAAAGACCUCCCUGCACUUGAAGAGGUGGAAGAGUUGAAUGAAGACUAUGCUGAUUCAACCACUGGGAUUGAUGUUUCAUCAACCACGUCAGGAAGUCUAUAUGCUGACAAGCAUGAUUCAAGCACACAUGAAAUUGAUAGCCUUAAGAGCACAACCUCUGGUGAUUUAGCUGGACUUUCCCUUAAUCAGAGUCCUAAUCCUGAUAAAGGGGACCAUCGGAAUGUGGGACAGGGGGGCAAUGAUUGGGUCCAUGCAUGGAGUUCAGACUAUUCCAUGGAUAACGACUUGGCAGCUGCUUAUGAAGAAAACAGUAGACUUAAAGGAAGCUUAGACAUGGCCGAAUCCUCUAUCUUAGAACUCAAGCUGGAAGUGACUUCUUUACAGAACCUUGCAAAAGAAUUAGGUUCUAAAACUUUGAAGUUUGAUAAAGUACUAGACGCUGAGGUUCUUUCUGGAAAGGAGCUUGCGAAAGAGGUUUCUAUACUCAAAUCUGAGUGUUCAAAAUUCAAAUAUGAUUACGAACAGCUUAAGGAUUCCACAUCGAGUCAUCAUCUUACAUCUGGAGAUAUUGUUGCAGAAGAUCAGGCUCUUCUAUUUCAAACCCUGCAUAUGGGAUGGAUGCAGGGUCUUCUAGUUAUGGAGGAAAAUGUCAGAUCCAUACAGAACAAGGGUUGCCACGAUUACCAUGGAGGAGACUUUCGUUAUCUUCAGCCAGAGUUAGAAUCACUAGAAAAGGUUCUCCACGAUCUUAAGCAAGUAACCAUACAAGGGCCCUCGUCACUAGAUGUGAAACCAGCACCGGCAGAUAUGAAGCAUAGCCAAGCGAUGAGGUUUGAGGAAUCUGAGAAGUUUAUCUCUGGAAACAGACUGCUAAAUAUUGGCACAGAUUUGUACUCGGGCAGGUCUCCUCAGCUGUCUCAGGAGCCUGAUCAUUACGUCUCAACCGUUGCAUUUGAAGCUAAAAUUAGUGGACUUCGAAAGGAGUUAGAGGAGUCCAAAUUUGAACGAGAUAGCCUCACCAAAAAAUUGGACCAGAUGGAGUGCUACUAUGAAGCUCUCAUUCAGGAGCUUGAGGAAAGUCAGAAGCAAAUGCUUGGAGAGUUGCAGAGUCUCAGAACUGAGCACUCUACUUGCUUUUACACAAUUUCUUCUUGUAAAACACAAAUGGAAGCAAUGCACCAAGACAUGAAUACACAGUUUGUAAGGUUUGUCGAGGACAAGCGUGACUUAGUGUCUCUUAACAAGGAGCUUGAGGAAAGGGCAAUCACUUCAGAAACAGCAUUAAAAAAGGCUCGCUGGAAUCACUCUGUUGCUGUGGGUCAGCUGCAAAAGGAUCUUGAAUUGCUUUCCUUCCAAGUUUUGUCAAUGUUUCAGACUAAUGAGAACCUCAUCAAACAAGCUUUUAAAGAAUCAUCCUUAGAUUGUUAUCAGGAUUACCUGGAAGAGAAAUCAGAAGCAGUUGAUUCUUGCUUACAGAAGAAAAAUGGAGCAAGAAAUCUGGAUACUCUGGAUAUGUUGAUGGAUUCGAAGACUGAGCUUCCCAUUACAAAUAUUAAAAAAAGGGUAGAUUCUACUAAAUCUGAUGCUUUCAAACCGUUGCAAAGCCAGGAACCCAAUGAAGAUAAGCAGCUCAUGAGUGGAGAUAUACAUUUUGUGGAUCUGAAAAGAACACUUCGCUUGCAGGAAGAGCUGUACCAAAAGGCCGAAGAUGAACUUGGUGAAAUGCAUAUGGUAAACUUAAAUCUGUACAUAUUCUCAAAGGUUUUACAAGAAACCUUGCAAGAAUCUACCAAUGGAAUCAAGCUCAUGAAACAGAAGCUGGGUGAACUUGCUGAGCAGCUAGAACACUCAACUGUGUCUAAUGAAUUGCUGAUGAUAAGGCUGCAAGCCACUCUAGAUGACGUGAACGCUCAGAAGGAGAUAAAUGCUGAUUGUGUCAGAAAGUACAAUGAACUGGCUUCGCAUAAUCAAAUGAUGGAAGAGAAAUUUCAGGGGGUCUAUGAUGAGAAUUCUGAUCUUAUUCACAAGAUCUCAGAUUAUGAAAGUCUAGUCAUGGAAUACAGAAGUUAUGAAAGUAAAUUUGAUGUUUGCACGUCAGAAAAAAACGAGCUACUGAAUUUGUUGAAGCAAGAAAAUCUGGAUAAAUACAGCCUUCAAAAUGAAGUUAUUUUUCUCCAUGAUGAAUUGAGAAACUUGAAAACAGAUUUUGAUAUUCAGUCUUCUUUCAAGGGGGAUCUAGAGAAAAAAGUAUCUUCACUACAAGAUGAGUUGGCUUUGCAAACUCAAGUACUGGAAGAGAAGCUACAGGGUCUUUCUGAUGAAAAUGGUCUUCUUGCUCAAAAGGUCUCAGAAUGUGAAAGUUCAAUCUUGGAAUACAAAGAUUACGAGAGAAAGUAUGAGCUAAGCACUGUAGAGAAAACUGAACUGGAGAAUUCGUCAAGGCAGGAAAGUCUAGAGAAAGGUAGACUUCAGCACGAAGUUGGUUCUCUUCAAGAGGAGUUAAGAACUUUGAAAUCAGAUUUUGAUUCUCAGUUUUCACUGAAGGGUAAUCUAGAACGAACUGUCACUUCUCUGCAAGAUAAGUUAUCUUUGGAAAAUCACAUGCUAGAAGAGAAGCUAAAGGGAGCACUAGAUGAAAAUAGCAUUCUUGCUCAAAAGGUAUUGGAAUACGAAAAAGUGAAGCUAAAAUAUGAAUCUGAUAUACAAGGUAUGGCAAAUAAGCUAGAUACUUCCAUGGGCCAUCUUGCAAGGCUUCAGCUGGAAAUUGAAGAUAUUACCAAUAAACUUAAGCUCAGCUCAGAAAAUGAAGAACGAUAUGCUGCGAAUACCCAAGAGAUGUCAUCAAAGCUUGCAGCAUUUGAAGCUGAGGUGCAAAAUGUUACUGGUGAGAACAGAGAUCUUGUUCAGAAGAUUUUGGCAUUGGAGAAUGUAAAUGCAGAGCUUGAGAGCACUAAGUUGAUACUUGCUGAUUCCGAAAGGCAGAGGGAAGCUGUGGUGAUCUCUUUAAAUGCUAGCAAUGAGGCAUUAGAAAAUGUAAAUGCAGAGCUUGAGCGAACUAAGUUGGCAGUUGCUGAUUCUGAAAGGCAGAGCGAAGCUUUGGUGAUCUCUUUAAAUGCCAGCAAUGAGGCAUUAGAGAAUGUAAGUGCAGAACUUGAGAGAACUAAGUUGGCAGUUGCUGAUUCUGAAAGGCAGAGCGAAGCUAUGGUGAUCUCUUUAAAUGCUAGCAAUGAGGUAUCUGUUAAGCUGAAAGAUGAGCUCAAGAGUGCAAAAGAAAAUUUGGGGUGCAUGCGUGAUGAGUUGCUAUCAGAGACAACCUCAAGGGUAGAAUUAGAGAAUAAGGUUGCAGAUCUUUCCUCCCAGUUGAAUAUGAAAAAUGAUCAGCUGCUUUCUCUCGAAGCGCACAAAUCUGAACUUCUACAUCUCAAACAACUGGUAGCAGAUAUAGAACAUGAGAAGUCAAGAGUUUGUCAUCUUUUGUUGCUCAGUGAGGAGUCUGGGCGGAAGGCUGAUGCAGAUGUUUUGUCUCUUCAGGCCCGAGUCAGUGAUCUGGAAUGUCAUUUAGCUGCACUUCAUGGGAUUGCAUUAGCCGCAGAUAUUGAACUUGUUUACACGAGAAGCCAGUUCCUAAGCAGAACACAGGAGCUUGUUCAGCAACUUGAAACUCUAGAUAGUUGCUACAGGGAGCUUCAUAUCAAGCAUCUUGCUGUACUGAACACAGUUAAUGACCGUAUUUCGAGCAAAGCUCAAUAUGUUGAAGAAAAUGCUGUGCUGCUGUCAACUCUCAGUUCCCUGAGGUCUGAGUUAGAAGCAACCGCAGUUGAGAGAAAAUCCCUUUUGGAUAGGAUUAAGGCUAUUUCUGAAGAGCUUGAGAAUCACAAGAAUAGAGCUGAUAUAGCAGAAAGUAAUGUUGUUGAAUGUACUAGUCGGCAUGAACUUGAGAUUGCACACCUGAAGCAUGCGUUGUUGAGUUCCCAAGAAGAGGCUAAUGAUCUGCUUUCCUCCCAAGAAGAACUUGAUACUACAAUAAUAGUCAUAAAAAGUAAACUGGAUGAACAGUAUCUUCAGAUUUCGUUGUUGGAGGAUGAGCUGACGCAGCUGCGGGACCAGCAAAAGGAGCUUACUCGAAGGCUUUCUGAGCAGAGUUUGAAAACAGAAGAGUUCAAGAACCUGUCCAUCCAUUUAAAAGAACUAAAAGAUAGGGCUGAGGCUGAGUGUGUCCAGGCUCGUGAAAAGAAAGAGGCUGAAGGUCAGUCAGUUGUUGCACAAGAAUCCUUGAGAAUGGUUUUCAUGAGAGAUCAAUGUGAAACUAAGGUACAAGAGAUGAGAAACCAGAUUCUCGUCUCCAAAAAGCAUGGGGAGGAAAUGCUGUUCAAAUUACAAGAUGCUCUCGGUGAAGUAGAGAAUCUGAAAAAAGUUGAGGCGUCUCUAAUAAAAAGAAAUGAAGAACAGUCCGUGAAAAUUUUGGAUUUGGAGUCUGAAUUACAAAGAGUACUUGCCGAAAAGCGUGAAAAAGUCAAUGCUUAUGAUAGAAUGCAAGCAGAGCUUGAAUGCUCUUUGAUUAGCCUUGAAUGUUGUAAAGAGGAAAAGCAAAAACUUGAAGCUUCGUUGCAAGAAUGCAAUGAGGAAAGAUAUAAGAUCACAGUUGAACUUAACUCAGUGAAAGAACGGCUUGAAAGUCUUGCAUCCUCCACAAUUCUUCAAGAAGAAGGAAUCCGUAAAUCUGUUGUAGACGAGGAUUCGUGCAGAGAACUGGAAGAUGCCUCUCAAGUUCCUGUGCAGGACGGUGUCGUGUCCAGAAGUGUGGUUAGAAUUUCAAGGCAAGCUAGUGCUGGCCAGAAGGGCCUACUGCAAAACGAUGCACAUCACUUAGCUCUCAUUGAUGAACAUGCCAAAGCUCAAAGUAUAAUGUCUAGCAUGGACAACCUUCAUCACGAGUUGGAAAGAAUGAAGAAUGAGAACUUGGGUUCUAUUCACCCCCAUGAGCAGCAACAUUGUCAAUCUAUUUUUCAAGGUCUAGAAAGAGAACAGUUGCAAUUACACAAGACAAACGAGGAAUUAGGGAGCAUAUUUCCUUUAUUUAGUGAAUUUUCAAGUUGUGGGAAUGCACUGGAGAGGGUGCUAGCUCUGGAAAUGGAGCUUGCAGAAUCCUUGAAGGCAAAGAAAAAGUCAGGCUUCCAAAGUUCUUUCUUAAAACAACACAGUGACGAAGAAGCCAUAUUCCAAAGUUUCAAGGACAUAAAUGAUUUGAUCAAGGACAUGUUGGAGAUGAAAGGAAGAUACGUGACAGUGGAAACUGAGCUAAAAGAGAUGCACGAUCGUUACUCUCAACUAAGCCUCCAAUUAGCAGAGGUUGAAGGUGAGAGACAAAAACUUGUUAUGACACUCAAGAAUGCUAGAUCACCCAAAAGGCUCCCAUACUUGUAAUAAGAGAACAAUAAAACAAAUAGGAUAGAGAAAUUUUGAAUCUUUUAGAAAUUUAUUUAGACUCUGAAAUGGGAAAUGGGAACUUUCAUGCGGAUGGUACAUUGUUGUAAAUAUAAUCUAUGUAAAUUUUUCUGUAUAAAAUUUCGGAUUCAAUAUCCGAUUUCAUA